AGUAGCAUUUUUUGGUCAAUAAUUGACUGAUGACACUGAUUUGGUUUUGUAAUGGCACUUCUUCUGAAAGUCGCAACGCGGCGCUCUUUAUGAAAAUUAGUUGAUGAGGUCAUAGCGUAUACCUGGGAACUGACAAAACACUUCCGUGUUGCAGUGAGUGGACCGAAACCUGGCCAUUCAUAGGUGUAGGAAUACUGUUGCAAUACUGUUCCUUCAACCAACAUAAUCUAGGCUCGCAGUAGAGUCUGUUUGAACUGUUAGACCUUCGCGUUGGGCGGCGUUCUUGAGGGAACGUUGUUGGAAACCAGUGCUACCUGUUGUGAUCAGAAUGACGGCAAACAGCCCCGAAGGAAUAGUCGGUGACCUGCGAGACUUCUCCCAGAGUUUCUCCGCUCUCUUCAACAACCCGGAGAUGAGCGACGUCGUCCUGGUGGUCGGCGAGCAGCGCUUCCACGCGCACAAGCUCAUCCUGACCUCACAGAGCGACGUCUUCCGUACCAUGCUGGCCAGCGGCCGGUGGGACAUGUCCCGGCAGCCCGAAGUUCCUCUCCAAGAGAGCGCCGAGUGCGAGAGAGUCUUCGAGACCUUCCUACGCUUCUUCUACCAGGGGCAGAUCACCUGCACGUUGGAGACCGCCAUGCCUCUGCUCCUGCUGGCCGACAAGUACAACGUUAACGCCCUGAAGGUCGCGUGCGAUAACUUCAUGACAACCCAGCUAGGAAGAGGAGAGUACGCGCCGGCGCUACAAUGGCUGCCGUACUCCAUCGCGUUUCGUCUGGAGAGUCUGCGGGUGAAGUGCGUGGACAUCAUCGUGCCGAACAUGUCUGCGGUGCUGAACUCGAGCACGUGGCUGCAGCUACCGCUGGACUGCAUCGUUCACAUCCUGCAGAGUUCCUGCCUGGCUGUUGAGAACGAGUACAUGCUGUUUGAAGCCGUGCUGAAGUGGGUGGAGCAAGAUGCCAGGAAGCACCAGGCGCAGGAUUUGCUGAACUCCAUCCUCCCCGAGAUCAGGUUCUCCCAGAUGACAGCAGGACACCUGUGGUUGGUGGAGCAGACCUCCGCCAGGUACGGAGGGAACCAGAUGAUGACGGCAGGACUGCAGGAGGCACACAAGUACAGGUCACUGGUCGCCUUCGCUGAGGAGAAUGGCAUGGACAAACUGGUGAUCAGCCAGAGCUUCUCGUCCAGACGUUUUUUCCCGCGGGAAUACACGGCCAGUAGUGGUGAGGCGUGGGCGUGGCUCGACUGGAGCAUGCCGUGUCCAGGGGCGCCAGACUAUGCAGCUUUGAACACCACGCAGCAAGGUUACAGGAAACAGAAGUUCAUGUCCAACUCGCACCUGACCAGGGUGGGGCAGUGGCAGGUCACGUUUAUCGCACAGCGCGACGGGAGUCUAUCGGCAUCCAUGUACUGUACACAGAACAGGACCAUCCGACCAACUUUAAUGAGGUUUGUCGUUUGCGACAGGCAGGGCGAGCCUAGUUACAUCAUCCACAAGGUGAGCGCGGUGGACGUGACGGUGCCGAACGUCGUGAGCGGGGAAAAGGCGCAGGAAAUCGUCAAUGAGGAGGGCAAACUGAGAAUAGGCGUCUUCGUCAGGGAUCUGGAGUAGAGACAAAGCUCACUUGAACCGGAUCAUAAAACAGAUGUAGUUAAACUGUUAACUAAAAAAGCAAUGCCCACAGUGCCUUUGUUUCUACUGAUUUGCAAUAUGACUCAGGCCACAGCAAGUAAAUUCUAUGGAUGACAUCCGCUUCAUGACAUCAAAACAUGGCAUCACAGCCAAUUAGACUUUUUAUUUCAAUUUUUAAGAUUCUGAAGUACAUGUGACAGUAGUGUGCAUAUGUAUAGUAUUACUAAUUAGUUGGUGACUGAACACUAGUGUUGCUUUUACAGUCAAGUCCGAACUAGAAUCACCCCUACACUCGUGGCUACCUCACUAUUGUCACUUCUCACAUUCAAGACUACCAAACGAUUUUUUUCCCAUUUUACGUCAAGUUGACCAUCUCUGAGGGGAAUAGAAUUUGUUUUGUCCAAAUACAUACAGGCAGAAAACAAGAUGUAUACACUGGUGUUAUCCAUAUAAUUUACUUAAAGCUUGCUGUGGCCUUAACUGCAAUAUACCCUGUGAUCAUUUCAAAUAUACAUUUUGUAAUUGCCUUAUUUCACCAGCAUAGUUUACCACAAAUCUUGCUGGUAUGACAAUAUUCCAUCUCUACUCUCUUCCAAUUUUCUUCUUAUUGAAUGUAACAUUACUUGUAUUGGAAGACAAACUUGAAGACGUUGAGUUUAUAAUUUGUAACAUUUAUUACAGCGGCACUCCGGUUGUUAUGUUAUGCUAAUGAGGUAUUAGCGCUGACAUCAUUGUAGAUAGGGGCCAUGUGGUACACUCUUCAGUCCUACCGUUGCCUGACUGUGAUCGCUAUGUCGUUCUGAAUAAAAGGCUCCUCUGAA